AAGAGGUGAGCUGUUGUGGGUUGGGGGCAGAGAGAGAAUCCGUAUCAAGUUCAAUCAUCUAGGAAGUUUCCGGUGUAUCGUCUCUGAGCAUCCUCUCUGAAAAUGAACGACGCAGAUGUCUCCAGGCAAAUCCAGCAGAUGGUGCGGUUCAUCCGCCAGGAAGCAGAGGAAAAAGCCAACGAGAUCUCUGUCUCGGCCGAAGAGGAAUUCAAUAUCGAGAAGCUGCAGUUAGUUGAAGCCGAGAAGAAGAAGAUCAGGCAAGAGUACGAACGCAAAGAGCGUCAAGUGGAAAUUCGCAAGAAGAUUGAGUACUCGAUGCAGCUGAACGCUUCUCGAAUUAAAGUUCUUCAAGCUCAGGAUGACGUGAUCAGUUCCAUGAAAGAAGCUGCAUCCAAGGAACUUUUGAGUGUGAGUCAUCAUCAUGAUCAUGUGUACAGAAACCUUCUUAAAGAUCUCAUUGUUCAGUGUUUGCUAAGACUGAAAGAACCUUCUGUCUUAUUGAGAUGUCGGAAAGAGGAUCUGCACUUGGUAGAGCAUGUGCUGGAUUCUGCUGCACAGGAGUAUGCUGACAAAGCAAAUGUUGAUCCCCCAGAGAUCAUUGUUGACAAUCAAGUCUAUCUUCCUCCUGGACCCAAUCAUCAUAAUGUUCAUGAUAUCUUCUGUUCUGGUGGCGUGGUGCUAGCUUCUCGUGAUGGAAAGAUUGUGUGUGAAAAUACUCUUGAUGCACGACUUGAUGUAGUGUUUCGUAAAAAGCUCCCUGAGAUCCGAAAGCAGCUCUUUGGACAAGUUGUUGCUUGAGGUUUUCGAUUGUAUUGUUUCGUUACCCCUAGAUUGUUUAUAUCCCGAAGCAUAAGCUUGUCUUGGACCUGAAUAGCUUUCGGGCCGUUGAAUUAUAAGUAUUAUCUUUUGAAUAAUACCAUUUAUCGUUAUUUCAGUUGCUCCCAUAUAGGUUAUCAUGGGGGCAUGUGGUGUUCAAAAAUUUUCUUAGUGAUGAUUGUUAUCACCGUGAGUAUAAGUGUUUGCUCUGGCCCAUUGCUGCUUUGAGCUUACUGGUAAUAAUGUACCAUAUAUAUAAAUAUUUAACACCAGUACAUUACUGUCAACAUUGUGACAGAAAUA